ACUUAUGAAUAUGUCAUGAUGGAUAUGAUGCUGGAUUCGUCUUGCUACCACAAAUUACUAGAAAUUGUUUCUUAUAUUUCAGUUGUCGGUUGUUUAUGUGUCUAGUGAGAAGCAUGUUAGAAUAUUGAUGAGAUUUCAGUGCUGUUCUGUUUGUUCUUGGAAAUAAUUGUCUCUUUUUUUGAAGCAUAGGAAUAAUGCCUGAGAAAAUAACACCAGAGGACCUUUUGAGCAAUCUGGUGGAGACCGUUGCCGAUAGUGUUUCUAAGAAGAAACCUGUGUCUUUUUUUGAGGAAGAGAAAUCAAACUCAGUUGCCUCCAGAUUCAACCGGCUUUUCGGACGUGAGAGACCUGUCCACCAUAUAUUGGGGGGUGGAAAAUCUGCUGAUGUUUUGUUAUGGAGGAACAAGAAGAUCUCAGCCAGUGUUUUAGCUGGUGCAACAGCAAUAUGGGUUCUAUUUGAAUGGCUUAAUUACCAUUUCCUGACCCUUUUAUGCUUUGCUUUGGUUCUUGGCAUGCUUGCUCAGUUUGUUUGGUCAAAUGCCUCUGGUUUUCUUAACAGGUCAUCUUCUCAAGUGCCACGCCUUGUUUUGCCGGACGAAUUAUUUGUCAGCAUCGGUAGGUCAGUUGGUUCUGAGGUGAACCGGCGCUUACAGUUUCUGCAGGAUGUUGCAUGUCAAGGAAACCUGAAACAAUUUCUUGUGAUUGCGGUAAGCUUGUGGGUUGCUGCUGUUAUUGGAAGCUGGUGCAACUUUUUGACUGUUUUGUACAUUGGUUUUGUUGCGGCCCAUACAUUACCAGUGCUGUAUGAGAGGUAUGAUGAGCAAAUAGAUGGGUUUGUUUACAAUAUGUUUGAGCAGCUUCAGAAUCACUAUAAAAAGUUGGAUUCUGGUGUCAAGGGAAAGUGGAAGCUUAAGAAGCAUGACUAGCUUCAUUUGAUCACC